GACUGGCCAGAUACCAGAAGAAAACAACCAAUUUGAUCUGCAAAAUUCUGCCUCGGACAUGUCAAACAAAACAGGCAGCAAGCGGCCGGCACCAGUCAGGAGUGAAUCUUCUAAUCAUACCACGGUUUCAGAAACUCCUCAGGAACGACCCAAUGGCCGGGCCUCACGCUCCUCCAGGAAGGGGAUUGCAUUUGGGAAACGCUCCAAUUCCAUGAAGAGGAAUCCCAAUGCUGCAGUGACCAAGAGUGGCUGGCUCUUCAAGCAGGCCAGCUCAGGGGUGAAGCAAUGGAAUAAGCGCUGGUUUGUGCUGGUGGAUCGCUGCCUCUUCUACUACAAAGAUGAGAAGGAGGAAAGCAUCUUGGGCAGCAUCCCACUUCUCAGCUUCCGGGUUGCAGCUGUCCAGCCAUCAGAUAACAUCAGCAGGAAAUACACCUUUAAGGUGACUGUGUGCUGGAUGGAAGAGACACGAGGGGGUAACAAGAAGUCACUCUCUCCUCAGGCUGAGCAUGCUGGCAUCCGGACUUACUUCUUCAGUGCUGAGAACAACGAGGAGCAGGAGUCUUGGAUCCAAGCCAUGGGCGAGGCUGCUCGGGUGCAAAUCCCACCCACUCAGAGCAGGAACCACCAGCACCACCACCACCACCGCAGUGUUCCAGCCAGGGAGUCUGCCAAAGCUGAGCCAGAAGCCAAGACCAGAGGUGAAGGUGAUGGCCGAGGCUCAGAGAAGAUCGAAAGGAAACCAGAGCGAGUAGAGAGCAAGAAAGAGUCAUUGGUGAAAGCCAACGGCAUCAUGAGUCAAGAAAUGCCCUCUGAGCCUGGAAGCCCUUAUCCUGAAGCCUCCCAUGUGCCACCUGGGGUGGAGAGACCAACACAGCCAAAUGGCUGGCAGUAUUCAUCUCCUAGCCGACCUGGCAGCAUGGCCUACCCACAACAUGAUGGUGAGACUGCUGUGCCUCGUCAGAGCUUUGCCGCUCGCACCAAUCCUGAUAAAAUUGCCCAGAGGAAGAGCUCCAUGACACAGCUGCAGCAGUGGGUAAACCUGCGUCGUGGGACUGUACCUCCUGAGGAUCUCCACAGCCCCACCAGGUUCUACCCAAUGUCCCGAAGAGUUCCUGACUACUAUCCUCCAUACUCCCCCCAGUUCUCUGAGGAUUACCAGUAUUACCCUCCUGGUGUGCGUCCUGAUAGCAUCUGCUCUAUGCCUGCCUAUGAGCGUGUGAGCCCUCAGUGGUCUGUGGAUGACAAGCGGCACUCCUUCCGUAAUAGUGGCACAUACCAACUGCGUGACUGGAAGGAACAGCCUGGCUAUGGCAGACAGGAUGUGCCUGUCUGGAUCCCAGGCCCCACACGACAACCCGUUUACUAUGACGAAAUGGAUGCUGCCUCAGGCUCUUUACGCAGGAUGUCACUCCAGCCUCGCUCCCGGUCGGUUCCUCGCUCACCAAGCCAAGGUUCCUACAACAGAGCCAGGGUAUACUCCCCGGUCAGGUCACCCAGCACCCGCUUUGAAAGAAUGCCUGCCCGGAGUGAGGAGAUUUAUGCUGAGCCAACAGCCUACAUGAUGAGGCGAUCGGUCAGUUCCCCAAAGUAUGAUUAUCUGGGUGACAGGAGGCCUGUCCCUGCAGGAGUGUUUCCCUUCAACUAUCCAGCAUCCCCUACAGUCCACGACAAAAUGGUGUCUCACUUCCCUGAAGCUUAUAGAGAGACGCUGCACACCUACAAGAUAAGCGAGCAAGAUACAGACAAGCUCCUGGGAAAGCUCUGCGAGCAAAACAAAGUGAUGAGGGAACAGGAGAGGCUGGUGCAGCAACUUCGUGCAGAGAAGGAGAGUCUAGAGAGCGCACUAAUGGGAACACACCAGGAGCUAGAAAUGUUUGGGAGCCAACCAGCCUACCCUGAAAAGCUGUUGCACAAGAAGGAAUCCCUCCAGAACCAGCUGAUCAAUAUCCGAGUGGAGCUGUCCCAAGCCAGCACGGCAUUGGCCAACAGCACCAUAGAAUAUGAGAACCUGGAGGGUGAGGUGUCAGCCUUGCAUGAUGACCUGUGGGAACAGCUGAACUUGGACAUCCAGAAUGAAAUGCUCAAUCGACAAAUCCAAAAGGAGAUCUGGCGGAUCCAAGAUGUGAUGGAGGGGCUGAGGAAGAAUAACCCUUCUCGAGGCACAGACACUGCAAAGCACAGAGUGACCCUUGGCCCAUCAGGAACCUACAGCUCCAAUAGCCCAGCCAGCCCUUUGAGCUCAGCCAGUCUCACAAGUCCACUGAGCCCUUUCUCCCUUGUGUCAGGUUCCCAGAGCUCCCCUACCAAGCAAGGCAGCAAUGAGUCCAAGUCCAGCUUCGAGCCGAGCAAGAAAGACCACCAGCGGACAACAGCCUCCAGUGCUACAGUGGAGGCAGGGCUUUUGCAGACACGGCAAGAGCAAGAAACUGACAAGCAAGUAGCUCUCAACAAAGUUGGCAUUGUUCCCCCAAGGACCAAAUCACCCCUGGAUGAGGACACCAUACCCACAUCAGGUGUGAUAAGAAGGAGCGCAAGCAACCUACCCAAUGGACUGAAUUCCCGGGAUAGGCCAAAAAGUGCUGUGUUCGCCAAUGAGAUGAAGGCAAAAAUGAGUGUAGAGGAACAAAUUGAUCGCAUGAAGCGCCACCAAAGUGGUUCUGUGAAGGAGAAAAGGCGGAGCUUGCAGCUUCCAGCCAAUCAGCAACAGAUAGAGGGCUCUGUCUCCAAAACUCCUGCUUCUUACAAAGUGGUUCGCAGACACCGCAGCAUCCAUGAGGUAGAUAUAUCUGAUCUGGAGGCAGCCUUACGCUCAGAAGACUCGGGCAAGAUGUAUGAAACCCCCCGGGAAGAGAUUGCUCGGCUGCGUAAAAUGGAGCUGGAACCAGAACAUUAUGAUGUAGAUAUCAGCAAAGAGCUUUCCACUCCAGACAAAGUCCUCAUCCCAGAAAGGUACAUCGAGCUGGAACCUGAUACCCCAUUGAGUCCUGAGGAGAUGAAGGAGAAGCAAAAGAAAGUGGAAAGGAUAAAGACUCUCAUUGCCAAAUCCAGCAUGCAGAAUGUGGUCCCCCUCAAUGAGGGAGAGGUGGACAUGCCCCAGGACUCAGAGACCCAGCUCCAGGAGCAGGAGAAGCGAAUAGAGAUCUCCUGUGCUUUGGCUGCAGAAGCCUCCAGGCGGGGCCGUAUGCUCUCUGCUCAAUGUGCCACCCCGAGCCCUCCCACCUCCCCAGCCUCCCCGACUCCACCGACCAAGUCCCUCUCGUCUGACUCAUCCCAGGGCACCGACAGCCAUUUUAUGCGUGUCUGAGCCAUAAACACAAGCCCUGGCUGCUGUGAAUGCUGUGAAGUUCCACGGAGCCACAUUUUAACACACAAGUGUGCACCCCAACACAGCCACUUAACAAUGUGCUCAUUGUGGUGCUGGUUCUCUCCGAACCCCUCCUUUGGUUGACUUGUGAGAACAUUCAGGAAGGAAAAGCUGCCUCUGGGAAGACCAGGGAUGUCUCACUUUGCCCCAGUUUAUCCCUACCCCUGUGACUUGUAGCCACUGCCCAAGCAAGCCCUUGGAAACAAUAAGGGACUCUACAGACAGGAGCUGUUUCAUUCCGCAAGACCCAUCUGAGUCAAUGGCAUAAACUCCAAGGCAAAGGACCAGCCGCUAAAGACCAACUGUUCACUUGGCAGAGA